AUGUCAUCUCCAAUCAUGAUGGGAUGGGUGUGUGUCCUGAUUGCGGCCCUGCAUGCUGGAAAUGAUGUGCAAGCCGCAACGGGUUGUUAUACGAAAUGGUUUGAUCGAGACAACCCCUCUGGUAAUGGAGACUAUGAGACUCUUCGUGACCUGCGCAGGGAAAAUCCAGGUCAAAUCUGCCAAAAACCAUUUGGUAUUGAGGCCCAAACUACAUCUGGGAUGAGCGUGGCUUCCACAGGCGAUGUGAUUGCUGUAUCUAACACGAUAGCAGGAUUCAUCUGUAAAAACGCUGACCAGAAGAAAGGCUACUGCUCGGAUUAUCGCGUUCGGUUCGAGUGUCCCCGCGAUUUCUGCUCCCCACCAGGUUGUUAUACGAAAUGGUUUGAUCGAGACGACCCCUCUGGUACUGGAGACUAUGAGACUCUUCGUGACCUGCAAAGGGAAAAUCCAGGUCAAAUCUGCCCAAAACCAUUUGGUAUUGAGGUCCAAACUACAUCUGGGAUGAGCGUGGCUUCCACAGGCGAUGUGAUUGCUGUGUCGAACUCCUAUUCAGGAUUCAUCUGUAAAAACUCUGACCAGAAGUACGGCAUGUGCUCGGAUUAUCGUGUUCGGUUCGAGUGUCCCAUCAAGUUCUGCUUCCCAAUAGUUUUCUAGAGCUGACUUACACCAAAGCUGGACUUACAUUACAGUCGUAAUAUGUGAAGCCUUACACUGACGAAACCCCUUACACUGAGGUUUCCGAUGUCCCUGUAAAAUAAAUGGC